AUGGGCGAUCGUACGGCCGAGAGCGGUACGAUUCCGGCGGGAGUGACGGGGAGCGCAGACCUGCGGGGAAGGAGCCUGGGCGUGGGCGUGGGCGUGGGCGUGGGCGGGUGGGCGCGUGGGCAGGGGGAAGAGGCGGGCGCGGGGAAGCAUGGAGCGGGGAACGACUCAGGGAGCCUGAGGAAGCUUCUGCCACUGGCAGCUGCAGGCAAGAGUUUUGCAGCAGAGGUUUUUGCUGCCAGGGGUGGCACGCCCUUGAUAACGGACUCGAGGAGCUUGCGUGGCGAGCUGCGCUGGGGUGUCAAGGAGGGUUUAAGCGGGGGUUUGGGGGGGAGUGAGGGGGAGGCGGGCGGGGAGGAGUGGCGGAGGCGGAAGGUGGGGUGGCUUGCGCGGGAGGUGGUAGCGGUGGUGCCGAGUGCAAUGGUGCGGCUGCUGAACGCUCAGAAGCAGUGGAUGCGAAUGGACGACCUGGUCGCUGUAGUGGAGAGCCUUAUAGCGAGGAAGGAGGUGGUUCGCGGGAUACGGGUCUUCCAGUGGGCGCUGCAUGCGCCCUUCUUCUCCCCCCCCGCCUCCCCCCCAAUCCUCUCCGCCCUCCUCCUCUCCGCGGCCGCCCAGGGGAAGAUCCGCCACAUGCUCCCCCUCCUCUCCUCCGCGCUCCCCCAGGGUGUUUCCCCAUCUCGCCCAGCUUUUGAAGGGGUAAUCCGGUCUCCCGUGGAGUCCCCUUCCCCCUCCUCCUCCCCCUCCUCCCCCUCCUCCCCCUCCUCACUCUCAUCUCCCUCCUCCCCACCUUCCUCGAAGCUUCUCUACGAGCUAUAUGACGUGUUCAGCCGCCCAUCCGCCCGCGGCCGCCACGUCAGCAAGCUGGAGCAGCUACUUGAAGACCUAUCUUCCCUCGGGGCCCCAACCACCCCCCUCAUGCACUCGCGCUUAGCACAGCAGCUCGCCUGCUUAGGAGAUAUUGACAAAGUUGAUGCACUUUUGGCUAAGAUGCGCUUAGCUAAGCUCCCGAUCCCGGCUCGUGCUUUAGAAGCCGCGGUGAUUGCUUGCGCUCGGGCGUACCACUCACAAGGACCCCUCGGGCAGCAGGAAAUUUUCGGUGCGGGCAGAAGGGAAGUUUUUGGCAUGCUGACGGGUCUGCCCGAGCGGGCAGCGAGGGGAGUGAGGGAGGUGGAAGAGGCCGGGUCCGGCGCCGGUUCGGCGCGGCAGGCUCGGCCGAGCCUGCGGGCGUAUAAUGUGUAUGUGGAGGCGUUGAGUGGGGCGGGAGAGGUGGAGGCGGCAGAGGGAGUGGUGAGGGAGAUGGGUGAGAGGGGCAUGAGGCCUCUUACCAAGGUGUUCAAUGCGGUGCUGAGGUUGCAUGUGAGGGUGGGCAUGGGUGCUGGUGGUAAUGCGCUGGAUAUGCCAGCAGCAGCAGCACUAUCACCACCAUCACCACCAUCACCACCACCACCACCGUCAUCAUCAGCAGCAGCAGCAGCAACAGCAGCGAGGGAUGCAGCAGUGCGUGUGUUCACGGAAAUGGCUUCCUUUGGAUGCCCCGCCAGCAGUGAGGCAUGCAACCUGCGCCUGCAGACUCAUCUUCUGGCGAGUGACUGGGAGGGCGCAUGGGAGCUCUAUGGCGGAAUGAGAGGAGCCCUGGAGGGAGGGGAGGGAGGAGUGGGAGGAGUGGGAGAGGGAGGGGUGAGGGGAGAGAGGGGGAUGGGACGAGGAGGGAAACGGGUUGCAGAGAGAGGGACACGAGGAGGGGGCAAAGGAGGGAGGGAUGGGAGAGGGAAGAUGAGGGGGGUGAGGGCAGGGGGGAGAGGAGAGUGGGAGGAGAGUGAGGAGGAUUGGGAGAAGCAUGGGUGGAUGAGGAGGGAGGGGAGGGAGGGGAAUGAGGACUGGGAAGCAGAGGAGGAAGAGGAAGAGGAAGUGGAAGAGGAAGAGGAAGAGGAAGAGGAAGAGGAAGUGGAAGAGGAAGAGGAAGAGGAAGAGGAGGAUGGUGAAGAGGAUGGAUACGACGGCGAGGAGGAGGAGGAGACAGAGAGAAGGGAGGAAGAAGCUGCAGACUCACAGGUGAACGCGAGAGCAACACUGCUGCCUGUGCUGAGUCCCCCCAACCAGCACACGUACGACUUGCUACUGCUGGCUCUGGCUGCAGCUGGGGAUGUGGGGGGCGUGGAGAGAGUAUAUGAGGACAUGCUGAGAGAGGGGGUGCGCGGUGGGUUGAGGAGGGGAGGAGGGGAGGGAGAGGAGGGCGAGGAGGGCGAGGAAGGUGAGGAGGGAGAGGAUGGGGAGGAGAGCGAAUGGGAGGAAAGCAAGAAUGGUGGUGGGGUGUUUGGGGUUGGGAGUGGAAGGGGGAGAGUGAGAGGCGCGGAGGGGAGUGAGGAGGAGAGGGGAGGAGGAGGAGGGGUGGGGAAGGCGCGGAGGUUCAGCCUGCAGGGGCGAGUGAGGGAGGCGGUAGAGCAGCUGUUAGGGGUGGAGCGAGUGAGAAGGGACGAGGCGUGGGCUGCUGCAGUGGCUGCCCGAGGGGGAUCAGCCGCAGCAGCAGCAGCCUUCUUUGGAGGAGCAACAGCAGCAGGAGAAGGAAGAGGAGGAAGAGGAGGAGGCGGCAUGGGUGGGACGGGGAGAGGCUGGAAGGCGGGAGUACCAGGGGAGGGGGAUGUGGCGAUGGGUCUCAGGCUGACGAGGGAGCAGCGGCAGGUGUUGGUGGGCGCUCUUCUGGCUGGGGCAGAGGUGGAGAGUGCAGACGGGGGCGUGUCGUACUCGAUACGAUUCUCACAACCUAUUGGGGCGGGCGGCGAGGAUUGGCGCAUGCGGGUGCUGGACUGGCUGUACGAGGUGUUCCUUCCCUGGGUGGCUGCUCCCCCGGUGGAUGUGACUGUAACAAGGGGAGAAGUUGGGGAAGGCGAAGCGGUGGUUGUGACUGUAAAGGGGGGAGCAGUUGGGGAAGGUGAGGGGGGGGAUGUGGGGGAGGCGGGGGAUGGGGAAGGUGGGGGGGACAGCAUUCGCGUGCGGACGUUUGCUACCAUUGCGCACCCGUCUCUGCAGUUCUACGCCCGGCAGUUUCGUCCCCUAGCGAAGGAUGUGGCCGGCAAACGGGGCGGCAGAGAGGCGGCGGUUCCUCGUCUUAUUCAUCGGUGGCUGUCACCCCGAGGCAUGGCAACGUGGCUCAUGUAUAACGGGUGGGCUAUUAGAGGGGAUGGACGCAAGGGAGGGAGAGAGGUCAGAGGGGAGGAAGGGGGUGAGGAAAUGGGAGAGGGAGUGGGAGUGGGGGAGGGGGAAAAGGUUGAAGAGAUGAAGAAGUCUGGUGAUAAUACGGGUGGUGGUGGUUAUAACCUGGUUUUUGGAGCGGAGGGGUAUUCUGCCAAGGAGGUGGCACUGGUUGUUGCAGCGGUGGGUGCACGAGUGGAAGAUUGCGCUUGGAAAAAGGGAUCCAAGGGUAGGAACAAUGCAAUGAGGUUCAGUGGGCUCUCUGCACGUGUCACUUGGCGAGCCAUGGAGCCUUAUAUGGUGGAGGAGGCGAGGGAUGCGCUUGGCCCUUGA